AUCUUUUCGACAAACUCCACCAUGUUUAUAUCCAUUCCCAUAGAUAGAGAUAGACUCAGAAUCAGAAGAGAAAUGGAAAUGGAGAUGGAGAAGAGAGCUGAAGAAGUGGGGAAAGCCUUUGUGGAACAUUAUUACAGCCUCUUCGACAAGGACCGGUCUUCUCUCUCUUGUCUCUACGACUCGACCUCGAUGCUUACCUUCGAAGGGCAGAAGAUCAACGGUGCGGAAGACAUCUCGAACAAGCUCAAUCAUCUACCGUUCGAUCAAUGCCGUCAUUUGAUCAGCACCGUUGAUUGCCAACCUUCUUCGCUGUCCGGCGGGGGCGGCUGUGGCAUUGUCGUCUUCGUCAGUGGCAGUCUUCAGUUGCAAGGGGAAGAGCAUCCUCUUAGGUUCAGUCAGAUGUUCCAAUUGAUUCCAACCCCACAAGGGAGCUUCUUCGUCCAGAACGACAUUUUCCGGCUCAACUAUGGUUAAAAGCCCAAUUUGUAUACGUACCAAUAAUAUACAUACAAAACAAUGAAACUCCAUGAGUGCAACAAUUAAAUUUUUUAUAUUUUAUUCCAAUGAAAUUAGUUUCACGACUCA